CGGCCCGCGGUGGUGCCGGUGCGAGCGGCGCCGGGGCUGCGGCAGCGGCGGGAUGAGCCCUGCGGAGCGAGGGAGCCCCGCGGAGUGAGGCAGCCCCGCCCGACGCCCCGCUUCGCUCGCGGGCCCUCCGCCCCGCCCGCCUCCGCUCUGGCUUCGGGCCCCUUCUCUCUGCGCUGCGGCGGGCGGAGGCGGCGGAAGGAAAAGCCCAUGGAGGGGAACCGGGACGAGGCCGAGAAGUGCAUCGGGAUCGCGCGGGAGGCGCUGGAGGCCGGGAACCGCGACCGCGCCCUCCGCUUCCUCGGCAAGGCGCAGAAACUCUACCCGACCGAGACGGCCCGAGUUUUGUUGGAAGCUAUUAUGAAGAAUGGAAGUACUGCUGGGGGAGGCGCUUACUGCCGAAAACCAGCCAGUAGCAGUGAUCAAAGUAAGCCCAAUAGCACGAAGGAGAGCAAUGCAUCUGCUACAGGUGAAAGUGGAAAAGGCUACACCAAAGACCAAAUGGAAGGAGUUUUAAGUAUAAAGAAAUGUAAAAAUUACUAUGAAGUCCUUGGGGUGUCAAAGGAUGCAGGUGAAGAAGACCUAAAGAAGGCUUAUAGAAAACUUGCUUUGAAAUUCCACCCAGACAAAAACCAUGCACCUGGAGCAACAGAGGCUUUUAAAAAAAUCGGAAAUGCAUAUGCUGUGCUGAGUAAUCCAGAAAAACGAAAGCAGUAUGACUUUACAGGAAGUGAAGAGCAAACAUGCAAUCACCCUAGCAACGGUAGAUUCAACUUCCAUAGAGGCUGUGAGGCAGAUAUUACUCCGGAGGAUCUGUUCAACAUGUUUUUUGGAGGGGCCUUUCCAACAGGUAGUGUACAUUCAUUUUCUAAUGGUCGUGCUGGCUACAGUCAUCCUAAUCAGCACCGUCAGAGUGGACAUGAGAGGGAGGAAGAGAGGGGUGAUGGAGGUUUCUCUAUGGUCAUCCAGCUGAUGCCUAUUAUUGUGUUGAUCUUUGUCUCCUUGUUGAGCCAGUUGAUGGUAUCUAACCCUCCUUACGCCUUAUACCCAAGAUCAAGUACAGGGCAGGUCAUAAAAAUGCAGACAGAAAACCUGGGUGUCAUUUACUAUGUCAACAAGGACUUCAGAAAUGAAUACAAAGGAGUGUCAUUACAGAAAGUGGAAAAAAGUGUGGAAGAGGAUUAUGUGUCCAACAUUCGUAAUAACUGUUGGAAGGAGAGACAACAAAAAACAGACUUACUUUAUGCAGCAAAAGUAUAUCGAGACGACCGUCUCCGAAAGAAGGCGGAGUCCAUGUCCAUGGAGAACUGCAAAGAACUAGAACGGCUGACCAGCCUCUAUCGAGGAGGAUGAGCUACAGUUGUACACUACAUCUUUACGUAUGCUGUUAUCUCUCUUGUAAAUUAAGAAGAGAUUUAGUUUCACCAUGAAUGCUGCUGGAAAAGAAGGGUGGAUGUAAAACUCUACUGUGUAGCUGUUUCCAGAAACCUUAUGCUGAAAUAUUAUUUAAUGGCUUCUUUACCUACUGUGAAAUAUAGGUAACUUUAAUUGUCUAGAUUUUACUUCAAAGCUUCUGUGAAUUCUUUCAGCAGAGAGAAUAGCUCAGAAAGGAUGCUGUACUUGUAGAGACUUAGUCAUAGUGGUUCUCCUCUAACAUAUUUGCCAUGUAAAUAUCUGUGGAAAGAACACUUUGUGUAUAUACGAGUUAAAUGACUUUCUAUUUAAAAUCUCAGAAAUUUAGUUCCAUACUACAUUUUGUCUCACUGAUGGAAUAAAUAGUAUGAUUACAUUACUCCUAUUCAGAUGUCAAGUGUGUGGAGUUGAAACAAUAAUUUUUAAUAUUUUAUCUCUAACUCUAUGUAAAAUCUUCUAGGUUUGCCAGCUUAGAGGAACUUGGUAUUUUUAAAUAUAACGGCAUAUAUUCCUAAAUAUCUGUUGGGGUAUAUUGAUCUGGUGUAGAGUAGCAGUCUAGCUGUUGUAGUUUUUUAGCAUUUCUAAGCAAUGCUGAGAAAACUUCAGAAUGACACUAAUCUCUUUUCAAAGUAAAUAUUUGCAAAUGCUGUACAGACCAUUGUAAACAUUGCUUUUAGUACUUGCAACAGUUUACAGCUGCUCUACCAUUUGGUAUUCCAGUAGUAGUAAAUCCAUAUGUAUGGUUAACAUGCAUCCGUAGCUUCCUUAAUUUUCACUGGAAAGGCAGAGAAAAACAUGCAACAGUUAAAACUAUAUAAAAAAAAAAAUAUUUUUUUUUCCUGGCAGGCUUCCAUUUUUUUACUGCAUUUUUAUUUCAAGCUAGGUCCCAGCACUAAUUCCUCAAUGGGCACUGCAAGUGGAACAGGGAAAUUUUGCUAAGGACAAGGUAUGUGCCUUUCAACCCUUUUGCCAACUAUUUAAAUGCUUUGCUGCUUUGCAGUGUGCCCCUAUGGCCAGAGCUCUGUCACUGGUCCUGAGGCAGAAGAGGCCUACCAGGGAAUGCAUUUUUUGGGACCAGAAUGUUGCUGGACUGACUUCCUAGAAAUGAGCAAACCUACUGUUUGGCUCCUACACACAAGAUCAUGUAACUCAGUGGCGUGUAAGUGGAAACUACAUGUUGCCACACCUGCUGAUGCAAAGAGGUGUUCUGAAGCAGCUGAGUACAAUGUACUUAAAGUUUAUCAAAGCGUGUUGAAAAUGUUUUUAGGUUCAGUAGCUGAUGUUUUUUACAUUUUAACAGUGUUAUGCAGGGGAAUGUUUCUUGUAUUUGAGAAUGCCAGAUAGCUCAUAAUAUGGGCAGUGUUUUUUGUUUGAGAAAACUGCUAUCUUUGAACAAUGCUGUAAAUUUACGUGGAGCCAAAUUUUCCUCCAAAACUGGAAGUUUAAGUACUUUGACUGACUUCAUUGCAACUCCUCCUGAUCUAGAGCAGGAUAUGACUUUGCAGAUAUGCUAAAUGUGAUUGCUCUAAGUGACCCAGAAAUCAUUUUGCAUAUAUCCCUUUUCUAAACUGUCCCAGCAGAAAUGUCUUCUGUUGAAUUGGUAUAACAUGAGACUAGCUGCAGGCUUUUAACUAAGCAGCUAAACCAGCAUUCAAGGUGAACAUCAUAGCUUGAGGCACAAAGCAGAACUAAAAGUUGCAGAAACAAUAACAACAAAAAACAAGGGUUGCUGUACUGGAUGUCCUUUCUAAGACUAUAGUAAAAGGGUGCAGAAGUAAUGCAAAGGCAUCCAAAUGUUUGAAAUAUGCAAUAGAAAUUUAUGGAGAAAACAUGAUUCCCUGGAUUUUGUAACUGUCCAGAAUGUAUUGUAAUUAUACUAAUGAAAACAAACUAUCAAAGUACAUACUGGUACUUCUGUGUCUUCUUAAUAGAAGAAAAUUGUUCAGAAGGCUUUAACAAGUACUUGGGCCUUCCCGUUCACAAAUGAGUCUGAGCUUGCAGGUGAUAUUUUAGUUAAUAGGAAAAUGGAUAUAUAACACACUUGUCAAAUAUCAGAACAGUGAAGUCAGAGUGAAGAGAUGGUCUUAGCAAAGCUGCCCCUAAUAAUACUAUGGGCUAUGUCUGCCCUGCAGCCUCUUCUGCUGCAGGUGAGAAGUAGGUAAAUGGACAGACGCUGAGCUGUGUGAGGUUGGUUAGGUUGCUAUCGGUACCUCAGCAAACUGGAAUAAUGCAGUGGCUGUGUCCUAUGGCAACACAGACAUCCCAGUAGUUUAAAAGUGCUACAUUUCAUUUGACUGUCUAUUGCAGUUGGCAUUUUCAAAGAAGGAAACUAUAUGUUUACACUGAUGGGAAAAUGCUACUCAGUAUUGAACAUAUCGAAUAGCUGCACACUUUGAAAUAUGCACUAAUGUGCAAAAGGAUGCUAUGAUAAUAUAAAGAUUAAGCUGCUCUAAAUAUGACCUGCAGACAUUCUUUUAAUAUUCCAAGUGGUGUUUUUCUCUUGAUUGUUACUUUUUUCCUCAAGUCUGAAGGUUUUUUUCUUCAGAAAUGUCAGUAUCUUCCCUGAUUUUGUUAAAGGAAUCUGCUGAAAAGUUCAGAACUAAUUUUCUCAUGGUUGAAAUUGAAGAGGGUGGAGUACUCGAAUCUUUUCUGAUGACCUUUCUUCAGAAAAAACAAAACUGUAUUUGAACAGCCUGGCUAAAAAUCCCUCAACUUUUUUAGCUACUGAUUCCUUACUCUUUAUUAAAGAUAACACAAGCAUGGGUUCUUGACUUUUCCCUUUAAAAGGGCAAGCAGGAAAGUCCUGCAAAAAGUGAAAAAUCUUGGCAUGAAUCUUUGACACAGCGCAAUGAGAAAGGGAGAUGAUUUGCAUCUGCUGAAAUAUAACAUCAGUACGUGUUCUAUUUAUGGAGCAUCGUGAGUCACAAGUGAGUUCAGUGUUCACAUCGGAUCAACAUUUCCCUACAAGUUCCCUGUUUAGGUAUAAGAAGUCUAAAUUGGAAUUUUUUACUUUUUUAAAAAGAGUCUUGAUUCUUUAAUAAGUUUCCAAGAAAACAUAGAACAUUACAGCACUAAAAUGCAACAGAUGCAUUUAAAUACGUAGCAGAGACAACUUUAAAUGAUAAAAAUUUUCAAUAUAAUUUUGUAAUGAAUGCUGUAAAAAGAUUAAAAUGAGAGGGCAGGAACAUUUUUUUAAGGUUGUAUGUUCCAUAAGUUUCAGUCAUUCGUUAAGAAAUUGUUAUUCUCUCUUGUAGCUCUGUCAAAGAAAUCAGAAGGAAAGUGUAAUUGUAAAAGCAGACAUUUGGUUUUUAAAGAAACAGGUAAUAUAUGAAUUCAUGAAGCUAUAACUUAACAUGUAAUAUAAUGCAAUAUAUAUAGGAAAGAAAUAGGCCAUUUGUUGUGGUUUGGCCUCAGCCAUCAAAUUAGCACCACAUAGCCACCGGUUCACACCCCCCAGAGUGGGACAGGGAGGAGAAUCAGAAAGAAGGUAAAACCUGUGGGUUGAGAUGAGAUCGGUUUAAUACUUGAAAUAAAAUAUCAAUAAUAGAUAGUAAUGCAUACUUCUCCAGGAUAAUUGUGAGAGUUCUCAGUCUAGCAGGAAUUAGGUUUGAGUAUUGGAUAUCUCCCCAUUUUUAGAAAUAAUAUUAAAAUGCAGUGUUUAGUUACAAUGUUAUCCUUCAUGCCGAAUAUACAUUUUCCUUAAGUACUUGUUUGUUCCAUGUAUAGAAAAGCUGUCAUUGGGAUGGGAGACUAAAUUCCCAGUAAUAGCAAUACAGGAGCCACCUCGCAGAUGCUUUUGCAUAGCUUUUAUUCAUAAUGUGACAGAGAACCAAGUAAAAUUCAUCACUGAGCAUACCUACAAAUCAUAGAAAGCCAGUUGCAUUUUUAGACAUUUUUAGUGUAUAGUAGGGCAUAUUUUAAUAAACGAGGGGACCAAGGUUGUCCCAGGUAGCAUUUUCAAAAUACUACCAGAAGCUCACACAAGAUAAUUUUAUGGGGUUCUCUUUUAAGUAUCUCUCUAAUAUGACCAAGUCCUUAUCAAAUUGCUGUGUCUGCAUGGCUUGGAUUAAGAAGGAGGUAUGGAUUCUCAGUAUUCAAAUAAAUUUGUCUUUUUGAAUGA